AUGGACUUGCUCUAUACUAACAUUUCACCGAAUGUCGAAAUCAUUGCACAUGAACUAUUUCGUAAAUAUCAACCGUUUUGUUGGCGUCGAACAUAUGGACGUGGUGUUGGACAUCCAUUGAAUGCUUGUCCUGUUGAUCAACCGGACAAAAGUGGUCUUCUUUGUUAUCCUAAAUGUCAAGAUGGAUACAUAGGCAUCGGUCCUGUCUGCUGGGAAGAUUGUGGAAAUAUGACAGCGGUUGGCAUCUUUUGUGUAGGUACCAGUAGUUCAUUUCAUUUAUUAUCAAAACAUGACACAUUUCUCAAACGAUUGUUUUCAAUUGAUUCAACCAAUGAUUCAAAUUAUGAAUAUUCAUAUACACGUAUUUUUGUACGUAAAAGCUAUGGUCGAGGUGUUGGUACACCCAUGAUCUGUUCAAGUGAAUAUGAGCAAAGUGGUGCACUUUGUUAUGUACCAUGCGAUAAAAAAUUUAUUGGAGUUGGUCCUGUUUGUUGGCAGCUGUGCCCAUCAUUUCAGUCUUUUACAUGUGUUGUUGGUUGUGCAAUAACAGCAAGUGAUUGUAUAACGACCAUUUUGGAAUUGACUGUUGCAGCUUUGGACAUUCUACAUUUUAUUCUUGGUGAUAUUUCUGUCGAUAAUGCCAUUGCUAAUCUUAUUGCUAGUGCGACUCAAAAUGAUUGGCCAGCAGUAGCUAAGAAUACGUUAAUUCUAUCAGAACAGUUUACUGAAAAAGUAUUAUCAUAUUUCUUGAAAAAGUUUAGUGAUUGGCCAGUAGAUACGAUUGAAGAAACAACGAAAAAUACCAGCGUUCUUCUAACAGUAGCUGCUCUUCAAAAUGCUGAAAGUUUAGCACCAUUUACCAAACUCUUUUCCCUCGAUUAUAUUAUUGCUGCAUUUAAUAAAGGUCUAUGUGACUUGCCUGACGAACUUCCCCAUUCAUUGCCAAUUGCUAUAUGA